CUUUUCGAUACUCUUAUCAUGGAUGUGUUAUCUGUUCUUGCAGAGGAGUUCGACGACCUGGGCCGCCUGCAGAGAACUUGCAGUGGGGACAUCGCGGUCAACAAGUGCGAAGGCGCCUGCAACUCCCAGGUCCAACCCAGCGUCAUCACCCCCACUGGCUUCUUGAAGGAGUGCUACUGCUGCAGAGAGAGCUUUCUCCGGGAAAGAACCGUACGAUUGGAACACUGCUACGACCCGGAUGGCGUUCGGCUGACCAGCAACGUCGGCGUCAUGGAUGUGAGGCUGAGAGAACCCGCCGAUUGCAAGUGCUACAAGUGUUCAGACUACACUCGUUGAGCCUGCCAUCUGUUGGAUAAAUAUGUGUACAUAGCUACAGAAUACAUGUAACUUUCGAAUAUAUCUACAUGGGCCGAUAUGUAUAUAGUAAUUUACUAAUACAUAUGUAAUUGUGAGGAAAGAGAUAAGUUAAUUUUGCC